AUGUCACUCUGGGUAUUGAAUCUACUAUGCCUUCUUCGAAUACCAACAGUGGCAUCAUCAAAAAAUGUCGAAUCAAGUGACAGGUACGAUCUUGAUGACAUUCGGUUUUGGAACAGUAUUGGUAGAAGAAAUAUUGAGAAGAAAUUGCAGCUGAACCCUCAUCUUCUAAAAAGUGGGUUACGUAGAAUAAAAGUGACGAGCUCUCUUGACCGCCAUGUCACGGACUCAGCUGCUAGUGCUAUGGCUCUUUUUACAGGAAGAAAGGGCGUUGUUCGCAAUGCGGAGUAUGAUGAAGCUGAAGUGCACUGUGCAAGGGAUAUUGCUAAGCAGCUGCUCUCAUAUCCAGCCUCCGAGUUCAAGGUGCUAAUGGGUGGAGGAAGAAGGUGUCUAAUGAACAAAUCCCGAAAUGGAUCACGAGGGGACGGAAGAAACAUCGACCUUGAAUGGUUGCGUCUCGGUGGAAGCAGGAAGGUCUUGAGAACGCCAUCGGAUCUUAAUCAAAUUGAUGCGGCCAACGUUGACAAGCUGCUCGGUAAAAAUUCAAUACCUUUCAAGAUAAAGACUGAAAGAGCUGCUGAUGUUUUCACUUACGCAAGACCUUUCAAAAAGAAAGCUACAGGUAUCUUCUCGGAUUCCCACUUCCCCUAUUACCUGGAAGAGAGAUUGAGAAACAAGAAAACCGUGCCAAGACUCCACGAAAUGACAAAAAAAGCCAUUGAAGUGCUCCAAAAAGAUGAUCAGGGAUUCUUUUUAAUGGUGGAAGGAGGGCUGAUUGAUCAAGCUCAGCACGGAAAUAGCAUGCACGUGACGUUCUCGGAAAUGUACGAAUUCGAGAAAGCGAUUCGAGUGGCCCGUGAGAUGACCAAUCCGAAUGAAACACUGAUCAUUGUCACAGCUGAUCAUGGCCAUGCAUUCACACUUCCAGGAUAUCUUCAUGCCAAGCAGUCUCUUUUUGAAGAGAUUUCGGUUACAAAAGGCAAUUAUUUAGAGAGUUCAAGAGUAGUGCAUCGUGGGGGAAACACAGUCGAUAGAGUGGAAAAUUGGUUGCCGACCCUGUUCUUCGCUGUUGGACCGGGAUACAGAAAUGGUUUCAAGGAGCAUCCCAGCAGUUCUGAAAUAGGACGACCUUUCUACCGACAUCCAACACCAGUCCCAGCGCGAACUGGGUACCACGGAGGAGAGGACGUUGGAAUCUGGGCUGAUGGACCAUUCUCAGAGCAAGUAUUUUUGGUCCUAUUUGGACUUAUUUCAAUCAGAAUCUUUUGGAAAGCGAUCUACAUAGGAUUGGCACCUGACCAGAAUUGA